AUGACCAUGACUACCAUGCCAGAGAGUCUAAAUAGCCCCGUCUCAGGGAAGGCUGUCUUUAUGGAGUUUGGGCCGCCCAGCCAGCAAAUGUCUCCUUCUCCCAUGUCCCACGGACACUAUUCCAUGCACUGUUUACACUCCGCGGGCCACUCUCAGCCUGACAGCUCGUACAGCACAGCUUCGUCCUUCUCCCGACCGCUGGGCUACCCCUAUGUGAACUCGGUCAGCAGCCACUCGACCAACCCCUACAUCAGUUCAGUGCAGUCCUACCCCAACAGCUCCAGCCUGACUCAGACCCGGUUAGAGGAGACAGGGGCCGAAUCGGAGAAAAGCACUGUGGUAGAAGGAGGGGAAGUUCGGUUUAAUGGGAAAGGGAAAAAAAUCCGCAAACCCAGGACUAUUUACUCCAGUUUGCAGCUACAGGCUUUGAACAGGAGGUUCCAGCAGACUCAGUACCUAGCUCUCCCCGAAAGAGCCGAGCUCGCAGCAUCUCUGGGACUCACCCAGACCCAGGUGAAGAUUUGGUUUCAGAACAAGCGCUCCAAAUUCAAGAAGCUGAUGAAGCAAGGAGGGGCCGCCCUGGAGAGCAGCGCCUUGACCAACGGCAGGGCUCUCUCGGGCAGCUCGCCACCCGUGCCUCCAGUGUGGAAUACCACCUCCGCCUCCGGUAAGGCCUCCUCGGGGACCCCGGGCACCUACAUCCCCAGCUACACGUCGUGGUAUCCUUCGGCCCACCAAGAAGCUAUGCAGCAGCCGCAACUGAUGUGAUUAUACAUACGUUUUCCCCUAACGCAAGCACUAUCGGUCCCAAAAAGAAUUACAAUUAUUACAGGAAAAAAAAAAAAAAAAAAAGAAAAGAAAAAAAAGAAAAAAAAAGAAGAAGAUAAACCAAGUCAAAUAAAAGGAAACGGGAAAAAGAAAAAAAAA